UGGAGUUGAGUUGAAGUUGAAGUUGAGUUGAGUUGAAGUUGAGUUGAGUUGAGUUGAAGAUACAGUAUGCUGAGUUGAGCAGAGCUGAGUAGGGCUGAGUUGAUGUUAAGGGGUAAAGUUGAAGUUGAUUUUGAGUUUAGGUUCGCUUGAAUUGAAAUUGAGUUACAUUUCAGAAUUUAGCUAAUGUUGAGUUUAAAUAAAUUAAGUUCAAGUUGAAUUGAAGUUAAAUUAAAUUGAGUUGAAUUUGACUUAGCUUCAUUUAAACACAGUUGGAAUUGGGUGGAAGUUGAAGUUGAGCUGCUGUGAGUUUGAGCUGAAUUGAAGUUGAGUUGAAUUUAGUUUACAUUGAAUUUUAGUGGAAUUAAAGAUGAACAUAAUGUUGAAAUUGAGUUGAAUUGAUGUUAAAAUUGAUUUGAGUUUGAUGUUGAAAUGAAUUGAGAUAGGUUGAAGUAUGAUAUAGGACAACACAUUUCUGCUAAUGUUUCCUUUUAUUCCAGAUGUGUGAAUUCUAGACAUGGUAUUGGCAAUGAACCAGAAGCUAUUAUUCAUCACAGUAUCCACACCCUCAAAUCUCAUGAAGGUAAUAUCAAGUCUUGCCCUUCUUCACCUUUGUUCAUCCCUACUGGAAUGGAGACAUCUGUACAGACAACAAGAAAGCUUCCCAAAGAUGCCAGCAAGGUGCUAACAGAUAGUGAAGAUAUGAAUGACAUCAUGACAGACAGGAAACGAUAUAAGCGUCGGAAGAGGCGUUAUGGCCGGCGAAGAGACAGCAAGGGCUCUGAGGCAGUUCAAGACAAAAGAGACACUAUAGAGGAUAAAACCAAAUCAACUGUCAUGAAUAGCCCAAUACUUCCUCUGGAAAAAUCAAAGAACGUGAAGGAACAUGGCAAAGAGAAGCCAAAUAACAGCAAUAAAGACAAAGUCCUAGAUUUAUUACAGGACAGAGAAGCCCUGAGUAAGCAGAUUGAAAAGAAAAAGCUAGAUCCUUGGGAAUCAAAUGGCAAAAGCAGAAACAGGGAUAGACUGAGAGACUUCUAUGAAGAAUGUGUUGAAAUGAGUACUGGUCUGGAAUCAGGCCUAGAACAACACAAGUGGUUCAAAGCAAACAGUAAGUAAAGAACUGUGGCUUAUUAGACACAGACAAGGUUCCCAUUGAGUCAUAUAAUUUGAUUCCCACUGACUCACUUUCACUAAAUAGUUCAAUACUGCAAAAAGUUUUUUUUUUAAUGCAGCAAUAUACUUAAGGUACCUUGAGAAUAUGCCAGAAAGAUAUUUAAAAGCUAUGGAUCUUCUGAAUCUUCCUCAUCACUCAAACCCAGUGAGGUUUAUUGUCAAAUAUGGACUACUGUAAUCUAUAAAAACAGAACAUACUGGAGGAUUUUAAGACCAUAGUUUUAAGGUAGUUCAAGACAAUAGUUUUAGAUCAUAGAGAAUGAAACAUGGUAUUUUAAUUGUGCUGUAACAUCAACAGUUUUUUUUUUUUUACAUUCUUAGAAUUUGAGAGAAAUAAGCUCAGAGAGCAGCUUACCUUGGGUCUUCAUCCGAAAGACUCAUCUACCGAGCUGGAACUUAGCGGAGAGAGUGAUAACAAUGAUGUCCAUUCAAAGUCAGGGAAGACCAGGACUGAUAUGAAAAGCCAAGCUGGAUGCUAUGAUGGAGCUGUUGAAUACAUCAGAUGAGGUGGAGCUGGUGCUGAGAAAUACAGGCAUGACAGAUGAAAUGCUAAUGAGUUUUGUGCCAGCAUUGAAGAACAGCCUAUCUGAGGUCACAUUGGUCAACCUCAAUCUUAACCAUAUCAGACCUCCAGGAGUUCAUUUACUACUAGACCUUCUACAGGCCAAAUCAGAGAUCAAGGGACUACUGCUGUUUGGAAAUCAUCUAGGUGAUAUUGGUGUUCAGAUCCUGCUUAGUGGAGUUGCUGAUCUUCAAGAGAAAACAGCAGCAUCACCACGAAUGCCAGCAUAUCCAAGACAAUUCUACCUUUCUGAGCCAAGCUUCACACUCAUAGAGUUGGACUUGGGUGGAAAUGGAAUUGGCAGUGAGGGACUGAGAGUAUUAGGCACCUUCAUAAGGUAUCACUCCCAGCUGCAAUAUCUGGGCCUGGCCCAAACAUGUUGCUCUAGCAUGGAGGACUGGUACAUCUUUUUUGAAAGUCUGACGGUAAACAAUAAACUAACCCACAUCAUUCUAGAUGAGAACAACCUGGGAGACCAAGGAGUCAAACUAUUUGCUGAGGCUCUGCAAAUUAAUGAAGGCUUGCGGAAAAUAGACUUGGACCGUAAUAAUUUUGGUGAGGUUGGAGGAAAUGCCCUCUUCGAUGCACUCUCCAGGAGCCAGUGUUCUCUUGAACACUUAAGCUUGGAGGAGAAUUACAUCAGUACAGAACUGAUGAGCAAAUUUCAGGAAGUGGUUAAAACUAGUGGUGUACGAACUACUUUAAAAGCUUAG